AUGCCUAAUAAGGCAGAGAUGAAGGCAUUUCAAAUGAAUAAACAAAGAGGAGAAAAGAAAUUAUUAACAAUAAUGACAGAUUAUAAGUAGAGACACAACAAAAUUACGGAAAAAUAGGGGAAAACAGUACACUACAGACUAGAUACUAACUAGGCAAGGAAGAUACCGAAUAACAAAUAUUUGAUCAAAUGUGUAAAUAACAUGGAAAUUUCUUCAAUAGAAAGCAUAUCUCGAUACAUUUAAAAGAGAACUAUAAAAAAGGAGAAGAGUGGAAAAAAAUGUGCAGCGAAUAUGACAAAUGAGAUGAAAUACAUUUCUAAUAAAAUUAGAAAAGUUAUAGAGAAAAUGGGGAAGUUCCUUUAAAAAAGUAAAAAAAAGGGGUAUUAUAUAAACAUUAAAUAUUAAUUCCAAAAACAAAAUAUUCAAGUUUACAAAUUAAUUUAUCUAAAUCCUUUUUCAAAUAAGAUAUUACCCUAAGCGAUCUUUAAAGAGAAAGAGGAGUUGUUCUAAAACAACUUGACCUUCUGA